AUGGAUAAUAUUAAUCAAGCUAUUUCUGGUUCGAAAACUUCAACACCAUCAACUGUAAAGAGAAUUGCUAAAGCACUAGAUACUCAACAUCAAGAAACUGUUUCUAUUCAAGCUACAAAGCUUCAAGACAUGUAUAAUAAUUUAAACACAACAAUUCAAGAACCAUUUUUUACUUUAAGCAUGAAUAUCUUAGAAAUACAUGAUAAACCACUUUCAGAAAUAAUUAAUCCAAAAAAUAAAUCAAUUAAGAAUUCAACUCGAUAUUCUACAUCACAUUCUACUUUGUGGAAUUCGAUUCGUCACAAGAUAAACAGUCAUCAAAAUUCUGAAAAUAUAGAUGAAACCUCCUUCAAGUUUAACUUAGAAAAACCACCAGGUAAUCAUUAUAAUCAAGAAAGGAUAAAUAAUUACAUAAAAUUUUACCUCAAAGAUUAUAAUAAAAGAAGUGAAGAUUUACAGUUAUGGAGUGAAGAUACUAUAAGAGAUAUAAUUAUUAGAUAUGUUGGAUAUCUUCACAAACAACAUAUGUCUUCAAAAGAGAAAAUUGAAAGUAAUAAAGUGUUUAAUAGAAGAAGAGCACAAAAAAUUCAGUGUGCAAAACUUAUAAAUCUUGACAAAUUAGGUCAAUCUUUAUCCGAUAUUGAAAAAGUAAUAAAACCCGAAUAUAAAAGUCCAGAAAUUAGUAGUAAAGAAAAUAAAGAAGAUCUUUGCGAACUAAUUCAAAAACUCGAUCAAGAAAAUGAAAAAAAAGAAAGAUCUUCAAAGUGUCAGAAAAAACACAAAGGUAGUCCAUCUACAUUAUGUAUUGAAGUAAAUCAAGAUCAUGAACAAUUUGAUAAUUUAAAGACCCAUUUACCUGUUGCUCUUAAUUCAGAUGAUGUUAAUGAUAGUAUUUGGCUAGCCUGGGCUUUACCAGAUAAUCAUAAUGAUACUAAUCAUGACUUCGAAUCUGAUAAUUAA